GAAGAACGCGCUCCUGCACUUUUGUUUUGGUUCAUUUUAAAGUUGGAGCAUGAGUUAAAAUUGUUCUGAUUUUAUUUUAUUUUAUUUUUUAUAAUUGUGCACUUUUAUAACUUUGCUAGACGGAUGUGCACGCGCGUGACAUGGAGGAGGGCGCGUGCGCAGAGGAGUUUGUGGCUCUGUCGGAUUUUACAGCCUCAGGAUCUGACCAGUUGUCUUUCAGUUGUGGGGACAGACUCUUGGUCCACUCCAGACCCUGUGAGGACUGGUGGUGGGCGGAGUUGAGGGGCGACCAGGUGGGCUACGUCCCUGCCAGUCACCUGCUCGAGCGCCGCGUCAGCACCCGCCCUGCCAACCCCAGCACCGGCCCACCCUCGCACUCCAGACCCGGGCACGAGGACGAGGAAGAGGAGGAAGACGCGGAGGAGGAGGAGGAUCCCUGGCAGGAUGUGGAAUACUUCAGCAGCUACGGGACUCUGAAGCUUCACCUGGAGAUGUUGUCGGACCGCUGUCGUACCGAGGCCUACAGGCAGGUGGUGCUGAACAACCGCGACUUCCUCCGGGACAAAGUGGUUCUGGACCUGGGCUGUGGCACCGGCGUCAUCAGCCUCUUCUGCGCCCGACUCGCCCGACCCGCCAAGGUGUACGCGGUGGAGGCGAGCCCGAUGGCGGAGCACACGCGCGCCCUGGUCAGACAGAACGGGUGCGAGGGCGUGGUCAGCGUGGUGCAGGGGCGGGCAGAGCGGGUGCGGCUGCCGCAGAAGGUCGACGUGCUGCUGUCGGAGUGGAUGGGCAACUGUCUGCUGUUUGAGUUCAUGGUGGAGUCGGUGCUGGUCGCCCGUCAGCGUUGGUUGGCGGAGGGGGGGGUGAUGUGGCCCUCGUCCGCUGCUCUGCUCCUCGUGCCCUGUCAGGCCCACGACUUCUACACAGAGAACUUCACCUUCUGGAAGAAUCUCUACGGCCUGGACUUCAGCCCCCUGCAGUCUUUGGCGGAGCAGGAGUUUUUCUCCAAACCAAAGUUCAGUCACGUUCUGGAUCCACAGGACUGUCUGAGCGCGCCCGCUGAGGUCCUCUCGCUCAACAUGUACACGCUCACGGUGCAAGACCUGGAGGAAAUGGAGGGACAGUUUGACUUCGGUGUGGACAGAUCGGGGGAUUUCCACGGAUUCUGUGCCUGGUUCAGCGUUGGCUUCGAGAGUCUGACCCCUGGAGGAGAGGAGGUCCAGCUCCACACGGGACCCUUUUCUGAGCCGACGCACUGGAAGCAGACGCUCUUCAUGCUGGACAGUCCCGUGAGCGUCCACCAGGGGGAGCGGAUCAGCGGCUCCGUCGUCCUGCGCAGAAACCCCACCUGGAGACGUCACAUGAGCGUCACCCUGAACUGGACCCAUCACAGCAGCUCCGAGGAACACGGCGAGGUUGGAUCCAAGACGUUUCCCAUGUGGAGGUGACAGGACCAAAUGAUCGUAAAUAAACACGCCACACACUCCAUGCAGUGAUUUUUAUACACGUUUCUGUUCAUAAUUUAAUCAUUUUAUUAUUUACAAAAACGCUUCAAAUGCCUCCAAAAAGAAAUAAAACGUCCACAUAUACAAAUACUCGUUUUGUUUUCGUUUUUUUCCGUCAUUUUCACAUCAACAAAAAGACAAAACAUGCAUCGUCUCAUUUAUCAAGAACAAAAUCUAUAACUUUUGACAUUUCUGACUCGUUUCAAAGCAGAUUUAAAGGUGUGUUGUGAAACUUAACGUAUUUUUGAGCUAUAAAACCUCCUGUAAUUGAAUAAAAACAAGCAAAUGACGGACCCACAACCGAAAAGUUAC